CUCGGCCCGAAAUAUCGGCUGUUUACUCUUCUCCAUGGACACGGCCUGGUUCUGCUGAGUUCCUCCAGCAUUUUGUGUGGCUUCAUCAGGUUCAGGUGUGUGAGGGCACUUUGUUGGACGAGAAACAGUCGACUCCUUCAUUUCGCUCGGGGAGAGUGCAAGUUCCCCGGACGGCGGGAGCGCCCGGAACAACGAAGCUGGUGUCAAAUUCGCUCCACUUUGAGACGGCAUUUCUUUCGCGGGCUGCAAAGCGCAAAAGCUUCCUCGUUUAUUUUUAAACGGAGUUUCCACAAUGAGGCUGGGGUCAGUUUUCCUGCUGGUUUGUCUGAGCGUUUUUUUGCUGGAAUUCGUGGAUUGCCAGGAUGUAACAGCUGCCAAAAGUAAAAAACGAAAUGCUGACAAGAAAGGUAGACCGACCAACAAAAGGCACAAGAGCAAGCCGAAAGUGAAGAAGGUAACAGUUAAGAAACCCGCACGGUUCGGCAUCAUGACCCAGCUACUGGAGAGAGGCAGGUUUCAGAAACCAUCCGAUUCUUUGGUAAUUCCUGCAGGAGAGACUCUUGUGCUACGCUGCAGGGGCGACCACAUCAGCUGGACCUAUCCCAGUUACCUAGACGAGGAAAACGACGGCAGAUUCAGCAUCAGCCAUCAGGAAAGAUUUAGCCAACUGACAGUAGUGAACAGCACAGGAGCCGAUACGGGUGAAUACAGCUGCUGGGCGUUGGACUGUGACUCUGAGACCUGCAGAAAGGUUGACUCCAAAACGGGCAGCACCUACGUCUUCUUCUCUGAUCCACGUGAGCUGUUUGUACCGGCGAAUGAUUACUACGAAGCUAUUCAGCUUCGCACUGACAGGCCCACACGGUUACCGUGCCAAGUGACAAACCCUCUUGCCAAAGUGUCUCUACACCGAGAGUUCCCCCCGGAGGUGAUUCCAGUGGAUGGGAGAUUAAUCACGUUUGAUGUCAAGAAAGGUUUUAUUAUCCAUAAGGCUCUCCCAUUGUUUGGUGGCACACUAUACUGUGUGGCAAGCUAUCAGGGGCUAAUGCAAAGUUCAACAAAGUACCUGCUCAUAUUUAUCAAUUAUCCAUCUGCACCUCCAUCAGCUACAAUCACAGCCUCGUCUAGGUCUGUACUUGCAGGGGCCAACUUCAACUUAACAUGUACAGUUGUUGGAGAAACUAACAUAGAGGUGGACUUCACUUGGGAAUUCCCUGGCCAGCAGCUGGGGAGACCAACCUACACUGUGGAGAGCCAGCAUCCAGUAUUCCCUGGUGGAAAGAUAGCCCGGUCAUCCCAAAGCAUACUCCUGGUGGAUGAGGCCCGCCCUGUCGACGAUGGGCUCUACACUUGCACAGCUCAGAAUCUGCAGGGGUCGACUACAGUCUCCACUCAGGUCAAGGUACUUCCACAGAGAGGCCCAGGUCAAGCCUGAGCAGAGGAACGGCAAUACGACUUCCCCUCAGAUAAAGCAGAUAACUACUUUGCAAAAUGUUGAACCGACUGCUAUCAUCUUUAAACUGUGCCAUGUAUUUAGAUGAGCAUUUGUUAUUUCUGUCUUAGAAAAGAAGCUGUAUUUUUUUGUUUAAGGUUUCCUUUAUACAUGGACUCCGGUUAAUUGGGACACAUCAGACUAGAACAUUUUGGCCCUAUUAAGCAGCUGCUCCAAUUAGCUGGCACUUCAUGGAAAUAGCUUAAAGAGUAUAAAAAAGACAAAUUACCCUUUAACUGAGUAACAAAGUAUGUAUUUAAAUGAAAAACAAAACAAAUUAGAACACUACAAAUACAGUACUAUAAAACUGUGUAUUAGUUCCUUAAAACUAUUGAUGAAAGACUAUUAAUGCAGGAAUUCAUCCAGCGUUCAUUACUAUGUUCUUUUGAUUGACUAAAUGAACAAAAUCUGCACAGACAUCUCGUGCAGGUAAUGGACUUUUGUCAUGCAAUGUUUUCAGCAAUUACAUAAUCAUUUUUAUUGUAAUAUUCAAGAUUAUUGUAAAUACCUUCAAAUUAUUUGUAGUUCCUAACUUGUUGAAGUAGUAGAAUCAUUUCAUUUUCACUCUUAGCCGUUUCUGACGUUUGCAAGUUUGAAUGCCUGAAACCGCAGUGAGUAUAACAGUUUUGAAUUGUCAUACCGCUUAUUUUUCACCAACUAUCAGUGACAAUAAUUACUGAUUUUUGAAUACAAAAACAUGCAACUGGUGUUAUUUAAAAACUGUUUGCCCUAAGACAUGCCCUAGGGAUGUCUACACAAAAUACUCUUCAGAUGCUGGGGUGAAAGCAACACGAACUACACGCUGGAGGAACUGAGUAGGUCAGGCAGCAUCCGUGGAAACGAACAGUCAACAUUUUGGUCCUGAUGAAGGGUCUCGGCCUGAAAUGUUGACUGUUUGUUUCCACGGAUGCUGCCUGACCUGCUGAGUUCCUCCACCGUGUUGUGCGUGUUCCCUAGGGAUGUCUAAAGGCCAGGCAAGUGCAUGUGACUGAUGCAGCAGCAAUCUCCUGCCCAGUUAAGCAGCAUAGUGUCCCAAAUAAACAAAGGGAAUCUGGGCAAUUUUAAUUAGUUUUUGUUCUUUAAGGUUUGUCCCAACUAAGCAGCUGCCCUGUUUAACUAAUGGCCCAAUUAACCAGAACCACAGUAUUUUAUGAUGUUGGAGCACAAAGCUGACAUCUGUUGUUAUACAUUGGUCUAUGCAAUGAGCAUAUGUGACAAUUGUCUUAAAAGGUAGACCAUGCUUCAUCCCUUAUGGAGAUGAAUACCUGCUUGUCACUUGUGCCUGCAACUACAAUUCUCAAUUCAAAAUUGAGUGGUGACUAAUAUGACAGCGGCAGCAAGCAGUUUUUGUGGCUAGUAUCCUAAUUCCAUCUAGGCACAGGUUCCAUUAAUAAAUAUCCUAAUUCAUGUUUGUUUAUGUCAUUCAUCAAUACACAAGUGUAAAGGAGAACAAAAUGAUUGCUACUUCAGAAGUGCGAUCACUCGGGUUGAGCAUGAUUCCUAAGAGGUUGUCUAUUGAAGACCUGAAAGCGUCUUCAGCUGGCUGCAGAGGUCGAUCUGGAAUCCAGAUAUUCUGAGUGGGUUCUACACCUCAGAAUUCUGCCCCCUAUGCCACUGGCUGAUUGCCACAGGAAUUAAUGCGGGACGUUAGGUGGACUGGAGCAGCCUUCCUCCGCCUUCACUGCUGUUGUGAUCUGUCAUCAACUUCCACAAGCUCCACUAUUGAGAUCUUGCUUGGAUUGAUCUUGGUCUGGAACCUCCCCCUUGACCUUCUGCCACGGGUGACCCUACCAGGAGCUAAGGGUCACAUGGCUAAACUCCGGAUGACAUCACUCUCGGGAUCACAGAAACUCACAAGCCUCUGCCACAAGGUGACUAACUUCAGAUCUUCCGGAAGGGUUAAGUAUGCGUGCAUGCUCCAACCUGUGCUCUUGUAGUUCACACAAGAAUUGGAGGCAGCGUUACUGUGCUUGAUUCUGAUGAUGAAUCCCCAAUUCCUUCGUCUGAACACGGAAUAAAAUGGGCAACUGCAGAGGGGAGCGAUGCUCUGCAGAGGGUGCUCUAUCAGUUGAGAAUGUUAUUGUGCAGACCGAGCUGAAUACUAGCUCAGGUAGAACAGCAGAGGGAGAUGUUGAGCCCCUAAAGAGAUCGGAUAGAGCGGAUUGGAGACACCGUAGACUGUAGGUGUUGCAGUCUGGGGCAAAUAACAAAUUGCAAGAGUAACUCAGUGGAUCAGGCAGCAAAGGGUCAGAUUUAGGGAUGAGACCCUGCACAAGGGCGGAGGGCAUUGCUAAAUUCGAAAAUAUGUUAAAUGCAAUUUGGUGCAUUACACAGCUGGAGUCUUGAGAGAUUGGGGUGUAUUCAUCAUUGACCUGAAAUACUGUUUCCUCUCCGUAGAUGCUGCCUGACCUGCUGAAUAUUUCCAGCAUCUGCAGUUUUUGCAUCUUCAAUCAGAAAGGCUUGGGGUGUAUUCAAUAUUCUAAUAAAACAGAGGAGAAUAGGAGUUGGAUUCAGCAUCUCCUUUCAGGAUUUUACACAAGUGAUCUCUGCCCCAUAUUAACCAAUUUCCCUCCCAUUUCUCGUCCAUGACUCAAGACCUUAUUGAUCCCUGAACUUGUCAAUUGCCAGACCUGGACUGCUGUCUUCUGCUGCCCAGCAACUGACCAGCUUUCAGUCUGGCAACUACUGGACAGGCAAUACAAUAAAACUGGGCAGGAAUCACAAUAAAAGCUCUUUGAAAGUACUAUCCCAAAAGCUUCUGCUUUUCCUGGGAUUUCCAGGUCUUUCAGUUGCUGACCGGGAUCUCACCUCCUUUGUCCUUUUAAUAUCUGGGCCACAGUGUUUGAGAUAUUAUCUUGGAGAAGGCUUAAGAUUGUGUAUGAGCAAUGUUGACCUGAAAUAUUGAACGGUGGGACUGAAAGCCUGGGAGAACUCUUUGAUCUUCCUCUCACAAAAUCUUUAGUAUCAACCCAUAUGCGGGAAAUUGGUUUAAUAACUUGCCUGACGAAUGGCAUAGAUAGCAAUCAAAUUCAGUCUGAAUCUUUCACUCAAAUGUCAGUUCAAGCCACAAGAUGUGGGGCUUUGUGAGUAAUGGUUUAUUUUUUUUAUUAGACUGUAAUUGCAGUUCAUGAAUCAUUAUAACAUCAAAAGUAUGAAAAAAGUCCACAAUUAGAAUCCACAAUAAGUGACAAACCAUGAGCUCUUGAAACCUGAUUUAUCAUUCCAUCAGGCCACAGUUGUUCCCUAUUUGACUCACUAUCUUAAGCAAACAGGAAAUAUCAGAAGUGAAAAGCAAAAGGUCUAUUCCAUUUCCUUUCUGCUGCCCUGGAAGUUACAUAUUGCAACGGUGAUGGAGAUGUUGACUAAUCAUGAGAAUCAUGCUCCUUGUCACUUAUUGUAGAAUAUAACUAAAAGGUUUUUGGUUUAAUAAACUGGAUCUAUGAAGCUUUUGUUUGUUGUCCUAUUGUUAAUAAAGUGAAGCAUGUUAGG